AUGUCGUCUACCCAAAAAUGCAAAUUUGAGGGAUUCGAGAGAACAGAUAAGGUCUAUAGUGUAGUAGAUGGCCAUGAAAUUUGGACAUCCAUUCUAAUACCUAGGAAGUUGGUCGAAAAGCGAGAAAAUGGCGCUGAUAUCGUUAUUCCCGUACUUGUCUUUUGGCAUGGAGGAGGCUUCAUAGUGGGAGAUCGCAUGUACGAGCCGUGGUGGUCGGACUGGUUGCUGGAGCUCGCCUUGUCACAGAACGCCCUGAUCGUGGCUCCUGACUAUCGUCUCUUGCCCGAGGCGUCAGGCGCUGACAUUAUGGACGACAUGGAUGCUUUUUGGAGCUGGUUUUCGGACACUCUGCCAGGCGCGACCGACUUAAAGUCGUGGGGUGUCAGGCCGGAUUUUGAUCGGAUACUUUGUGUUGGGCAGAGUGCAGGAUCAACCAUUGCGCUGCAUUCUGCCCUCCAGCGUCGUGAUGUGGCUGUGAAAGCCAUCGUGUCUCUCUACGGGCCAUUGUAUGGCGAUGUUCCAGAAUUCAAGAUGGCGCGGCCGAGAAAGAUUAUAGGAUCCUAUCCUCCACCACCGCGACAAGCAGCAGCCAAGAUUCGAUCUUAUAUGCAGCGGACCAGAGGCACCAUCCGAACGAGUGGAGACCCAGUAGAGAUGUGGGAAUUGGUCGCCUGCAUUCUUCAACAGGGCUGGAUUCCACGGCUGGUCAACGCAAGGCCCGAUUCGCGACUGGACAGUGUUGCAGAGCUCGAAAGGAUAAAGACUUUGCCUCCAAUCUGGCUAAUUCACGGCGAGCAGGACUCUGUGGUUCCGGUGGCAUGCUCCACGGAAUUUGUCAAGUGUAUGGAGGAGAUUGUACCCGACGUGCCCAGGCUCUUAUCCGUCGUGGACGGCGAUCACAGCUUUGACGUUGCGUUGACCAUGCAAGUGGAUUGGAUUGCCGAUGGGUGUAAUUUUAUUUUGAGAUAUUGGUAG